AGACUCCUCAGUGGAUCGAUGGGACAGUCCGCAGCUCACCUGGGAAAAGCAUUUCUACAUUACUGUUUAUCAGGACGAGGACAACAUGGCUCGAAUGAUCUUGGCUGGAUUGUCCCUUCUGGUGUGCCUUCAAAUUGUGUCUUCCACCAAACUGGUGUGCUACUUCACCAACUGGUCCCAGUAUAGGCCAGGUGCUGGCAGGUUUCUCCCUGAAAACGUAGACCCAAACCUCUGCACACACCUGAUCUACGCCUUCUCUCAAAUCAGCUCUUCAAAUGAGCUGACAUCGUUUGAGUGGAAUGAUGAAGUUCUCUAUAAAUCCUUCAAUGAACUCAAAACAAGGAACCCUGAGCUGAAGACGCUGUUGGCUGUUGGUGGGUGGAACUUCGGAACAAGACGAUUUACCACCAUGUGUUCAAAUCCCUUCAACCGCCAAAAGUUUAUCACUUCCACCAUCAAAUUCUUGCGCCUUCAUGGCUUUGACGGACUGGAUCUGGACUGGGAGUAUCCCGCAGCACGAGGAAGCCCAUCAUGGGACAAGAGAAAGUUCACGAUCCUCUGCAAGGAAUUACUUUCUGCCUUUGAAAAGGAAGCAGCCAAGAGCAAAAGGCCACGGCUGCUGCUCACAGCUGCCGUGGCAGCUGGGAAAGGAACCAUUGAUGGCGGUUAUGAAAUUAAUCAAGUGCACAAGUACCUCGACUUUCUCAACGUCAUGACCUAUGACCUCCGUGGUGCCUGGGAUUCAUUCACUGGCCACAACAGCCCUCUGUACGACAGCUCUCUGGAUGUGGGCAGCUACAUGUACUACAGCGUGGAUUUUGCCAUGAGAUAUUGGCGAGACAAGGGCACUCCUCUUGAAAAGUUACUGGUUGGAUUCCCCGCAUACGGCCGCGCAUUCCGUUUAACAUCAGCAAACAACGGUGUUGCAGCGCCCGCUGGAGGACCAGCCUCUGCUGGACCCUACACUGGGGAAGCUGGCAUUUUGUCCUACUAUGAGGUUUGUUCGUUCCUCAACGGAGGCAGUGAACGCUGGAUUGAGGAACAGAUGGUGCCUUAUGCCGUCAAAGGCAACGAGUGGGUGGGCUUUGACAACAGGAAGAGCUUUGAAAUCAAGGCACAGUAUGUGAAAGAUCAAAAAUUUGGAGGAGCAUUCGUCUGGUCUCUGGAUCUGGAUGACUUUUCCGGAGAGUUCUGUGGUCAGGGAAACUAUCCCUUAAUUAGCCACCUCCGCUCUCUUUUGGAUUCAGAUUAUACGCCAGCCACUCCCGCAGCCACACAGCCACCAGCUGCCAACACAACCACCCCCCGCCCCAGUACCACCACCACGCCUGCUGCUGCUGCUACCACAACCUCCAAAAUCACCACAACUGCUGCCUCUGGAGGGGACUUCUGCGCUGGGAAGCCUGAUGGCUUGUACAGAAACGACAAGGAUCAGAACUCCUUCUAUCAGUGUGUGGCCGGAAUCUCGUACCUUCAGAGAUGCCUCUGUCUGUCCUUCAGCUGUCUAGUGUCAUCAUUGAGAUUGGUGUGUUAUCACACUAACUGGUCCCAGUACAGACAAGGCGGAGGGAAGUUUAUGCCAUCAAACAUUGAUCCAAACCUCUGCACCCACCUGAUUUAUGCCUUUGCGGGUAUUAACCAGGCAAAUGAGUUGGUCACUAUAGAAUGGAAUGAUGUGGAUCUCUAUAAAUCCUUUAAUGGUCUCAAACAAAGGAAUCCAUCUCUCAAAACACUGCUUGCAGUUGGAGGCUGGAACUUUGGAACACAAAAAUUCACUACAAUGGUGUCAACAAAAGCCAAUAGAAACACAUUCAUCCAGUCUUCAAUCAAACUACUGAGGGAACAUGGCUUUGAUGGGCUAGACUUGGACUGGGAAUACCCCGCUGCAAGAGGAAGCCCUCUGGAGGACAAGCAGAGACUCACAGUGUUAUGCAAGGAGCUUCUUGAGGCUUAUGAGGCAGAGGGAAAAGCGACUGGGCGGCCGAGGUUAAUGAUCUCUGCUGCUGUGUCUGCUGGGAAAGGAACCAUUGAAGCUGGUUAUGAAAUUGCAGAACUAGCCAAGUAUCUGGAUUUUAUCAAUGUGAUGACGUAUGACUUUCACGGCACCUGGGAGAGUGUAACAGGACAUCACAGCCCCUUGUUCAAAGGGUCCCAUGACUCUGGAGAUAAUGUGUACUUGAAUACUGACUUUGCUAUGAGGUACUGGAGGGAUAAUGGAACACCUGCUGAAAAGCUCAAUAUGGGCUUUGCUACAUACGGACGAGCAUUUAGACUCUCUACUCAAUCUAGUCAAGUUGGAGCACCGUUCAGCGGCGCCGCCACGCCUGGUCCUUUCACACAGGAGGCCGGCUUCUGGUCCUACUAUGAGAUCUGCACGUUUCUUGAAGGCGCUACUGUGCAGCUGAUCCAGGAUCAGAAAGUUCCAUAUGCCACUAAACAAAAUGAGUGGGUUGGAUAUGACAACAAAGAAAGUUUUAAUACUAAGGUCCGUUAUCUUAAAGACAAUAGUUUUGGAGGAGCUUUCAUCUGGGCUCUGGACCUAGAUGACUUCAGUGGGCAAUUUUGUGGACAGGGGAGCUAUGCUCUCAUCAGCUACCUCCGCUCUCAGCUAGCUUCAGAUCUCCCUCCCCUUCCCGCAACAGAAAUCCCUGCACGGCUCACCAAGCCUAAUCCCAAACCAACAGUCGUUACUGUGACCAAAAUCUCUGAUGAAAACUUCUGUGCCACGAAGGCUGGCGGGCUUUAUCCCAAACCUGAUCAACCAGGUUCAUUUUACAGCUGUGCCAACGGCAUUACCUGGAUCCAAAACUGCCCGGAAAGUUUGGUGUUUCGAGUCAGCUGCAAAUGUUGUGAUUAUCCC